UUCAAGUUUUUUUUUAGCUGUAGUUUAUUUACUACCGGGUGUGGCCAUGGGUCAUAUCUGAUUGGCUGCUUAGCCGUCUUUCUACCGAAAAAGCUUGUCUUUGUAAUACAGCUACAUUUACAACUAAUGAUGUAUUUAACUGUCUUUGUCACGUAAACGUCGCGUUCAUUCUGUGGAGAUGGCUUACCCUACAUCCCUCAACCCAUUUGCUGAUGACAAUGAGGAAGAUUUUAAGCCCAAAAGGAGUGGCUUUGAAGAUGAAAGUGACAGUGGGAUGACGGAUGCGGAGAGGCAGCAGAGGUACCUUCAGCAGGAAGUGAUGCGCACUGCACAGUCUGCUGUGGACAGCUCUUACCGUUCGCUGAGCCUCAUCUAUGAAUCUGAGAAGAUGGGUGUGGAAACUGCAGAGGAGUUGGUGCGACAGGGUGAGGUCUUGAAGCGAACGGACAAGAUGUUAGAUAACAUGGAUGAAGACCUGAAAACCAGUCAGAGGCAUAUCACCAGUAUCAAGAGUGUGUGGGGAGGACUUGUCAACUACUUUAAGGGCAAACCAGAAACAAAACCUACACCUGAAGAGCCAAAGGCCUAUCAGGCUAAUGAAAGACUACAGACUGCCAUGUCUGGUAGCAGAGAACACGAGGACAAGUACCAGGCCAGCCAUCCCAAUCUAAGAAAGUUGGAUACAGGAGGUUUUGGAGCUGCUGCAUCGAUGGAUGACAGCUCCUCCAGACAGAAUGGAUACCCUCAGAACAGAUACCUGAGGGACGCUCACCAGACGCUUGACAACAAUUUAGAUGAAAUGUCCAGCGGCUUGGCAAGACUGAAGAACCUCGGACUCGGUCUUCAGGCAGAGAUUAAUGACCAGGACGACUCCAUCGGAUCCCUGCUUAACAAAGUGGAUACAAUGGAUGCCAAGAUCAUCAACACCAACCAGCAGCUUAAAAACCUUAAAUAAGACUCACUAAUUCAACAUUAGAUACAAACUAGCAGUGGGUCACCCUCACUCGGGACCCAUCCUGGCCUUUGUCCAAUAAAGAGUAGUCUGUUUUAUUUUUGUCAUUUUUAGUUCAUCUCCCACUAGAAAAUAACUGUGAUUUUUUGUUUCUUUGUCAGGAAUUGAAAUGUGCUUUUCACAUAUGCUCUAUUUUUUUCUCCGUCGAGUCUCACUACAUUUCUGUCUUAAUGUUUCAUGAAGUGUUUUUUUUUUUUUUUUGCCCAGUCACCAAAGAUGUGCAUUGGAAUGUUUCCUAAUUUGCAUUUCAAGCAAAUUGAUUUGAAAGAUGGAGAUCAUUUUAAGAUGUAGGUUCUCAAUCUGUUUUUAUGUACACUAUAUAGUUAGCUUAAAUGUAUAAACAAAACACAACCAAACAGAACAUUUAGCUGAAGUCACAUUUGCCUUACAUGUGGUGGAAAUGUAAAGUCUUUGAUUCCAUGUCAGGAUUAUGUUUCAACCGGUGCUUCUUCCCACAAAAUGGUUUGCUUUGAAUUUUGUCUUAUUUGAUUUGCACUGAUUCAGUCCUGCACAAUUAUUUCAAAGCAUAAAUAGAAUCAAAAAGCUAUUAUAUGUUUAAAAAAUCAGCAAUGAAGGAAUAAACCCACUAUCAAAGUCAUAAUGUUAAAUAUCUACAAUGUAUUUUAUUUCCAAGUUUGAAACAUGAUUGUUUCUCACCAAAUUAUUUUAUAAUUCUGUUGAUUUAUUUGAAAAAAAUUUUAAUGUUGCUAAGCAAUGUGUAAUUUUUGUCACAUAUGUCAUGCAUUUUAAUUAAAUUUGUAUGUAUAAUAAAGAAUAUUCUUUUGG